AUGUCGUAUGGCCAAGGACUUAACUCAAAAGAACUAACAGAAGUAAUAAAGAAAGCAGAAGCACUAGCAAAGACCAGCAGAUCAUACACAGUUGAUCCUGUGCACGUUCUUUUGGUUUUGCUGUCUAGUGGGAGCUUAGCAAUAAAGAAAGCAAUAAAAGACAACGAAGAAAUAAAGAAGAGAGCACAAGAAUACAUAGACAAUGACCAGAAGGCGCCUGACCAUGUAACUCCUAAGAUAAACGAACAGGAGCUAGGAAGCCUUCUGAUCACUAGCAGAACCAUCGCACAGAAAGAAGGAAGCGAAAUAAAAGAGAUACACAUUCUGUACGGAACACUGAAAUCGCCCAGCAUACUUAAAAUACUCAGAGACAUAAAUGUGCAGGAAAUACUAGACAGAAUAGAAAAUGUAAAAGAGAGAGAAGAGUCGUCAAUAGAAGAGUUUGCAGUGGAUAUGGUGCAGCAGGCUAAAGACGGCCUCUUUGAUCCUGUGAUAGGAAGAGACAAAGAGAUCCGAUCGAUACUGGAAAUACUCACAAAAAAAAUCAAGUCAAAUGCCAUGCUACUAGGAGAGCCUGGAGUGGGAAAGACCGCAAUUGUCAACGGAUUAGCACAGCUGAUAGCAAAUGACCAGGCACCAUCUCUGGCAGGGUGCAGGAUAUACAGCGUGGAUCUAGGGGCUCUAGUUGCAGGCGCAAUGUACCACGGACAGUUUGAAGAAAGACUCAAAUCUCUCAUCAAAGCUGCAGAAGAGUCAAAAAGAAAAACAAUUUUAUUUAUUGAUGAGAUACACAUGGUCCUUGGAGCAGGAAAAACACAGGGAGCAAUGAAUGCAGCUAAUCUCCUUAAGCCAGGGCUUGCCUCAGGAGCCAUCAGAUGCAUUGGAGCAACUACCUUUGCAGAGUAUAAACAGUACGUAGAGAAAGACCCAGCAUUUGAAAGAAGGUUUAUAACGGUUUCUGUCCCAGAGCCUUCAGUUGAAGACACAGUCACGAUACUCCGCGGGCUAAGAGAGAGAUUCGAGUCGUACCACGGGCUGAGCAUUCUGAAUGAAACAUUGGAGUGCGCAGCUGAAAUGGGAGAGAGAUACCUAACAGGCGGGCACAUGCCAGACACAGCGAUUACUCUCCUGGAUGCAGCCUGCUCCUCUGUCAAAGUUGCCCUAGAAACUGAGCCUGCUGAAGUAAUGACGCUGAAAUCGAAAAUAUGGGCAGCAGAGAUAGAAAAACAAGCAAUACUCAUCGACACCACAAGAGACGAGAACAUAAAUAACGACGUAAGGCUCUCGAGAGUGGACGAAAAGAUAAGCAGUCUGUACAAUAAACUAAUACCGCUGGAAAAAGAGCACGGGGAGAGAAUGGAGCACAUUGUUAAAAGAAAAAGAUUUAGAACAAAAUUGGAGUCUCUAAAGACAAAACUAGCAGAAGCUGAGAGAACCAGGAAUACGUCACUUGCGUACGAUAUCAAGUCGUUUGCUAUCCCAGAGAUAGAAGAAGAGCUUAGCAAGCUGGGAGAAAAAGACAGCCAGAUAUGCAUACGCCCAGAGCACAUUGCAGAGAUGGUCUCAAGCAUAACGGGAAUACCCGCCAAAAGGCUUACGAAGUCCGAGAAUAAAAGAUUGCUGGAAUUAGAGGCCAGACUAGCAGCCAGAGUAGUAGGCCAGAAGGAGCCAAUAUCUGCGGUAACCAAUGCAAUUAUCAGAUCUAAGGCAGGAUUUGGUCGGGCUAGAAGGCCAAUUGGAUCAUUUUUGUUCCUGGGGCCAACAGGUGUGGGAAAGACACAACUUGCUAAAACACUGGCGUAUGAGCUAUUUGAUGAUGAGAAUGCAAUGGUGCGCAUAGACAUGAGCGAGUACAUGGAGCCGCACUCCGUCAGCAGGCUGAUAGGGGCACCUCCGGGGUAUGUAGGAUACGAGACAGGUGGGUAUCUGACUGAAAAGAUAAGAAAUAAGCCAUACAGCAUAAUACUGAUCGAUGAAAUAGAAAAAGCACACAAAAGAGUAUCGAAUGUGUUUUUGCAGGUGCUGGAUGAUGGACACUUAACAGAUGGACAAGGAAGAACGGUUGACUUCUCGAAUACGGUUAUUCUGAUGACUUCCAACCUGGGAUCAGAGGAGAUAAUGAACUCAAAUGGAGCCAUGGACAGAGAGCAUAUGCUGCAUGCAGCCAAAAGGUUCUUCCCACCAGAGUUUAUAAACAGGCUGGAUGGCGUGCAGAUAUUCAAGCCGCUCGAAAUGGACAAUCUGAUCGACAUAGUUGGCAUAUACAUGAAAGAGAUAAAUGCAAGACUGGGCAAACACAAGAUAGAUAUGGUUGUCACAGAGGAUGCCAUGAGAAAGAUAAUAGAAGAGUCGUAUACGCCGGAGUACGGGGCCAGGCCAAUGCAGAGAUUCAUUGAGCAGAGCAUUGUCACAGAUAUUUCCAAGAUAUAUCUAGGAUUUACCGAUAAUAAGCCGUGCGAGAUAACAGUUACAUCGGUGAACAGAGAAGUGCCAGCUGAUAUAGAGGCAAUAGAAGAGUCGGAGUACUUCAGGUACUAUCUCACACACAAAGAGUAG